CUCGUCAUGGCCGAACAANAAGAGAGCACUGUUUACGCCAGCUCCAAAUCAUCCUCAGAUAUCGACAGAGCCACGGUAGUACAGUCCAACACAGAUGUCGAGAAGCAAGUCGCUACCAUACAACAAUCAAGCGACACAACAGACCCAAACAUUGUAUCCUGGGAUGGCGAAGACGAUCCUCAAAACCCCAUGAACUGGACCUCAAAAGCCAAGAUUAUCAACUGUGGCGCCAUCAUCUUCCUUACGCUGUUGACACCUCUGGCGUCGUCUAUGUUCGCACCUGGUGUCCCUGAUGUUCUACGCGAGUUCAAGGAGACUUCUGUCACACUGGCUGCUUUUGUCGUCUCUGUCUUCUUGCUUGGAUUCGCUGUUGGUCCGCUGCUUAUCUCGCCCUUGAGCGAGAUUUACGGUCGUCGUCCGGUGUACAUUGUCUGCAAUGUAGGCUUCAUCAUCUUCACGGUGGCUUGUGCGGUGGCUCAUUCAAUGCCUCAACUUAUCGUGUUCCGCUUCUUCGCGGGAUGCUUUGGAGUUUGCCCUGUGACUCUUGGUGGCGCAAGUAUCGCAGAUAUGAUUCCACAAGAGAAGAGAGGUGGCGCUAUGGCGCUGUAUGCUAUGGGUCCUGUGGCUGGAGCUUAUCUGGCCAGUGCCGAAGGAUGGCGAUGGUAUGUUCUCAACUUUUCCAUGUUUAUCGUUGACACUUCAGCUAACCGAAUAUCUCUUACAGGGNUCUUCUGGUUGAUCAUCAUCGCCUAUGGAGCCGCCACUAUUCUCCACUUCUUUGUCUGCAAGGAAACAUACGCACCGACUCUUCUUCAGUUCAAGACCAAGAAGCUGCAGAAAGAAACAAACAACAAUGAGCUUCGCUCAAAGCUGGAUGAUGGUCUUCCAGCCCGUGAACGCAUGUCACGCGCCUUGGUUCGACCUUUCAAGAUGCUUUUCUUCUCGCCUAUCGUUUUCUUAACCUCCUUCUACGUCGCGGUCGUGUACGGUAUCCUGUACCUCCUCUUCACAACGUUCACCUUCGUCUUUGAAGAACACUACCACUUCUCAAGCUCCAACGUCGGCANNGGCUACAUCGCCAGCGGCAUUGGCAUGUUCGUUGGCUUAAUGCUGACGGGUGCCUCCUCCGAUCGUAUCCUCAAGCGUCUGACCGCCGCCAACAACGGCAAGGCCAAGCCAGAGUUCCGUCUCCCACCACUCAUGGCACUUGGCGUCUUCAUGCCCAUCGGCCUCUUCAUCUACGGCUGGACAGCUCAGAAGCAUGUUCAAUGGGCUGUGCCCAUGUUGGGAACGCUAUUCUUCGGCAUCGGCUUGAUCUCGUGCAUGAUUUGCAUUCAGACCUACCUCAUCGAUACCUUUACCAGACACGCUGCAUCUGCAAUGGCGGCUAAUACUCUUCUGCGCUCUAUUCUUGGUGGCCUGCUUCCUCUUGCUGGUUUGGAUAUGUAUGAUGCUUUGGGCUUGGGAUGGGGAAACAGUUUGAUUGGGUUCGUGGCUUUGGCGCUUUUGCCGAUUCCGGUGGCUUUUUACUUUUAUGGCGAGAGGAUUAGGAUGAGAUUCCCUGUCAAGCUCUGA